UAAGGGAGUUGCUAACCUGCUAGCGGGAGCACACCGGCGCUCUUACAGCAGCAGAACUGGAGCAGCUGCGGGAUUUCUGAGGAAUAAACCCGCUGUUAGCCGCUGUCCGCCCCUUCAGAACCGAACCGAGUGGACCUGGCACCGCUCUGAGGACCGGGGACUGAACUAUGAGGCAUUUUACGGGGUGAUAGACGCAUAUAGUUGCCCUAUAGGAUGGACAGCUAUUUUAAAGCUGCUGUGUGUGACCUGGACAAGCUUUUGGACGACUUUGAGCUGAACUCAGAAGAGGCAGAAAGCAAAGCUACAUGCCAGGACCCGACCCUCAUCACCCGUCACUGUUUGAGCUCGCCAUGCUUCGUACCCGAAUCCCCCACGGCUCCACCGGUUCUCCCCGACGUCAACGCCCUGCACUACGGCCCAGCUACAGUACCCUGCAGCGGCCAGAACCAAAGAGACGACGGCGUGAAAGUGAAAGCGUUAACGGGUGUUGACCUCCUGUCCUCUGUGGACAGCAGAGCUUCCAAACAUUUGACUCCUCCUUGUCCGGAUAGGUCGUUAAAACCUGUUUGUGACCUUGUUAACGAUACAGGAUCGGUCAAGCUCUCUAACAAGCAGACGAACAGUCGCGAUGUCUUUAAACAGCUGGAGAAGGCUGAGAAACAGCUGGAGAAGGAGCAGCAGCAGCAGGAGCAGCAGCAGGAGGUGGUGGAGGAGGAGCUGCUGGUAGAUUUUGAUAGUCCGGUUGUGUCGUAUCCGGAGCCUAAUCAUGGAGUUGACCUACAGGGAUUGGAUAUGGGUGUUCACCUCGGUGAUUUAUCAAACUCUCUUAGUUUGCUAGAUGUUAUAUUACCUGCAGCUGUGGACAGGACUAUUGAACACCAGCCUGAGCAAACUUUAUCCAAUGAUCCACCACCUCCAGAAAGCAAUGAGGGGAAAUUAGGGGUUCCUCAAAGUAGCUGUCCUGAAGCAGAAACAGGAAUUCCUGUUUCUUCUGAACUUCUGAAUAGCAACUCUCAGUUCUCUUUAGAAGAAGAUGAAAUAACUCAGAAAAGCCCGGUUUCAGAUUCAGAUGGAUUACCUGGAAUAGAAACUGAAAUAGAAACUGGAAUAGAAAACGUUGUAGCAUCCAAUGACGUCAAGACGUCAAGUCAAGACUCAACAGAUGUCAACCUAGAGUGCCAACACUCUGUUGUUGAGGAUGACGAUGGUUCCUCAGGCCUUCCCCUCAACGAUAAGUCAAACGAUCGCCAAUCUUCCCUCUCCUGUCUCCCCAUGGCUGUCUCCAUGUGUGGAUCUCUCGUAGCUUCUUCAGAACCUGAGGAGACGACGACGACGAAAUUGAACGAAACCAAAGACGAAACCGAAGUCAUUUCCCCUCCUGAAUCUGAAUCGACACCACCCGCUCAAGAUGUGGGAAACAUCAUCGCUGGUCCUUCGGAGAAAGUUCCAUACGGUGCUUCGUCUCUAUGUCUCAGCCAGCCUGAUUCCUCGCCCGAGGACGAUCCUGAACUUGUACAGAUAAUGUCGAAUCCCGAAGGCGUGACAGCACUCUCGACUCUUGCUACAGUUCCUGAGCGAAACUUUGAAUGCACCUUAUCUCUUCCAGAGAACCUCGUGUCGAGAGAUCUGCCUGAUAGCAAGUCGCCCAGUGACGCCGGAAGCCCUGGGAGCCCCACGAGCCCCGAUUACCCCUCCGAGUUCGGCUUCUCCAGUGACUACCUUCCCGAAAGCGAGCAGAACAUGAUGAUGGUCACAGACGAAGAGUUAGACGCUUAUUUAAUGGGACAGGCGCAGAGAAGCGAUUCUGAGACGCUCGCUUCAAGUGAAAAGUUUGUAGAUGACGGAUUUUCUGAGUUUAACGGAGAUAUGGAAGGAGAAGGUCUCUUGGAGGAAGAGUUGCAAAGCUGUAGAGUUACUACAUUCGCGUCACCAGAGAGCGAGCGCUCUCUUCGAUUUUUAGAGGAGAGCGAAGAAGGUUCGAAUGUUUCGUCGUCGUCUCAGGACAGUAGCCCGUUGAAAGCAUCAGACACGAUGCAAACCGGUAAGAUGGCCCAACAAGGCAUGGAUGUGCCGAGCCCUAGUGAAGUUCAGGCGGUCUGCAAUGCGAGCCAUCAACCAGCGUCGUGUUAUGGAGGAGCACGACCUAAGCAGCUGCUGUCUAACCAAUCGACAAGACCGCUACUGUCGCAAGAGGGACAGAAUAGUAUGAGCCAGUCUGUGUCUGAAGAGAUUGUCUUAAGUUCUGAGGAGGACAGCAGUGGACAGUCUUCUCCUGCGACUCCUGUAGCUCCUUCAGCUCUUGCAAAUCCUGCAAUUCCUGCUAUAGGGAGGCAACCGCCCAGCUACAGCGAGGUCACGGCCGAAUGUCAGGAACCGUAUGACGACAGUUACGGCCAUGAUGAGCUUUCAGAACCUCCUCCAUACCCAGGAGAACUUAGCGGAGAUGGAGAAUCCUCGCUGGAGCUCGACCGUUCCAGACCAGACAACGGCGACGGCAGCCUGGGCUCGAGGCAGCCGCCCUGGGUACCCGAUUCUGAGGCUCCAAACUGCAUGAAAUGUGGGCAAAAGUUCACCUUCACCAAGAGGAGGCAUCACUGCAGAGCGUGUGGUAAAGUAUACUGUGCCAUUUGUUGCAACCGAAAAUGUAGACUGAAAUACUUGGAGAAAGAGGCGCGAGUGUGUGUAGUCUGCUAUGAAACCAUACAGAAAGCUCAGGCCCUAGAGAGAAUGAUGAGCCCUACUGGGCCUAGUCCCAAUCCUAACGUCCCGUCCGAGUACUGCUCCACCAUCCCCCCCAUGCAGCAGGCUCGCGCCGCCGGCACCCUCAACUCACCCCCACCCACGGUCAUGGUGCCCGUCUCCGUCCUCAAGCAUCCGGGCACUGACGGUUUCCCUAGAGAACAGAAGCACGUGUGGUUUGCUGAUGGGAUACUGCCUAACGGUGAGGUAGCAGAUACAACAAAGCUCUCUGUACGUCCGCGGAGAUCCUCACAGGAGUCCAGCCCGGUUACUCCCGACCCACCGACACUCACAGGUAAGUUCCCGGAGGUGAGUGACGGGUCCAGGGACUGUUCUGAGGUCAGUGUGGAGGAGGUGCCGCGCCGGCCAAUCAGCGGACCCUGGGACUUCGCCCUGCUCUGCGGCCUCGCCACCAGCGUUCAGGGAGCCGUCAGCCUCGUACCCGAGGACGAGGAGGGGCUCCCACCACUGCUCAUUACCACCGGAGAGGAGGAGGAGGGAGGGGAUUUACUAGUAGAGGAGCGCCCUGCUGCCUGCCAGAUCAUGCUGCUUUUGGAGGAAGGAGGUCCAAGGCCUUUGACCUUUGUGCUGAACGCCAACCUCGUGGUUAAUGUCAAGCUGGUCACAUACUGUGGGAGGAAGUGCUGGUGUUUGAGCUCUAACGGGCUGCAGGGUUUGGGACAGAGAGAGCUGGUGUUUAUUAUCGAGUGCCUCCCGGAGGAGAACAGUCUACCCAGAGACGUCUUCAGCCUCUACAUCAACGUUUACCAGGAUGCUCAGAAAGGAAAGUAUCUGGAGGAUCUGGGGAACGUGGCGUUUACGGACAGUUUCCUGGGCAGUAAGGAUCACGGCGGCUUCCUGUUCUUCUCUCAUAGCUUCCAGCCUCUCGAUGGGCUCAGCCUUCCUCACAGCUCCUUCCUGUUUGGGGUUCUGAUCCAGAAGCUGGAGGUACCGUGGGCCAAAGUGUUCCCUCUCCGGCUGUUUCUCACUCUGGGAGCAGAACACAAAGUUUAUCCCAGUCCGCUGGUCAGUGUCCGGUUUCGGGAAUCUAUUUUCAGAGAAACGGGACACACCAUCAUGAACCUGCUGGCUGAUUUGAGGAAUUACCAGUACAGUGUGCCUGUGGUUGAUGGUCUUCGGAUCCACAUGGAAGUGGGUAACAGCUACAUUGACAUUCCCAAGUCGAAGUUUAAUGAGAUGCUGAAAGUGGUGAAUUCAUCCAAUGAACACGUUAUAAGUGUUGGCGCUUGUUUCAGUACUGAGGCAGACUCUCACUUAGUCUGUGUUCAGAAUGAGGACGGAGGAUAUCAGACCCAGGCCAACAGCAUUCAGGGAAAGACCAGGAGAGUGACCGGAGCGAGCUUUGUGGUUUUUAAUGGAGCUCUGAAAGCCUCUUCUGGAUUUAUUGCCAAAUCGAGCAUCGUUGAAGACGGGUUGAUGGUGCAGAUCCCCCCGGAUACGAUGGAGGCUCUGCGGCAGGCCCUGAGGGACCAGGCAGACUUCCAGAUCACCUGCGGCAGGGCCAACUCCGCAGACACGCGGGAGAACGUCAGCGUGCGCUGGGUGGACUACACGCCUCCCGUCAAUACCGGCAUUACCAGCCCUGUAGACGGGAAGUCUCUGGAGGGCGUGUCCAGCAUCCGGAUCCAUCAGGACUCUGAGUUUGAGAUGGACGGGAGGACAAUCAGGUGUACUGAGGUGUUUUACCUGCUGAAGAGCCCGGACUGUGUUCUCUCUGCCAUCCUGCCGUCCUGCAGUCAGUUCCAGAGAGAGAUCGCCACGGCCGGCUGUGCCGCGCUCUGCCCUCACCUCUCUGUUCUCAUCAGCAGCGGCAUCAACUCCCUCGCCCUCAGAGUUUCUACCGACACCGACAUGGUGGAGUACCAGGCCGGCUCGGGGGGGCGUCUGCUGCCUCAGAAGUACCUGAACGAGCUGGACGGAGCUCUGAUCCCCGUUAUUCACGGGGGAAGCUCAUGUGUGCCUCACCAAGCCAUGGACAUGGAGUUCUUCUUCUACAUCACUCAGAGCAUCUGAGAGAGAGAGACGCCCUCCAGUGGCAGGGAGCCUGUCUCUCCUCUUAAUCCAGGAAACGCUGAUGCUGGAGACACACAGUCAGACGCUGGAGUCCUGUAAUAAACACAAGCAGCGUGUGCAAGACAGGAACUGAUACAGAAAUUAGAUUAUUAGACCUCCUCAGAAACGGUCAGGAAGGGUCUGAUAGGAAACGGCUCUGCGCUGGAUGCAGGUUGGUGAGAUGAGCGAGGGUAUGUCUGUAGACGUGAUGAGCUGAAUCAGUUAUUAUUAUAAUGCUUAUUUUAUAUUAUUAUUAUUAUUAUUAUUAUUAUUAUUAUUGUUAUUAGAGAUGGAAAGAUUUAUUGUUUAUGAUCAGUAUAUUGAUAUUAGCCAAAUUUCCCCAAAAUAUAAAAUGCUCAACAUGCAAUCAGCUGAUAUUUCUCUUAUUUAGCCAAUUUAGAGAUCCGUUCGAAACAAAUUCGACAAUAUGAGUUAAAACGUCUCUGUUAUGCUCAUUUUUCUCUGUGCAAAGUUUAGCUAUUAAGACGUGUGAAGUGUGAUAGUUAAAUAAUGAAGAAUAAGAACAAAAAAAUAAUAGUAAUACUUCAUUUAAUUACGUAAAUUCUGUUAAAAAUUACAUUUUACAUGCACAAUAUUUCCAGCUAAAAUACUGCAUGCCAUCCCCAGAAAAAAACGAUAUUUCUCUAAAUUUAGCAGAUCUUAUGUGCCGAUCUGUUCAUAUUUAGAAAUUAAGAGGUUUUUAUGACCGUGUGAUGAUUCAGUAUGUAAUAAAUAAAAAUAAUAAUAUAUAAUAAAUCAGAUAAAUAUAUAUAUAAUACAUGAGAAUCAGAAAAUAAAAUCAGAUGUGCUUUCUGAUGAAAGCCCCCUUUUGGAUUAGCUUUACACUGCAUGCACCACUGAUUUAUUAGUGAUUUUUAGCUAAAAUUUGCUGUUCUCAAUGCGAGGCUAAUUUUAGCUUCUCAGAAAAGCUGCAGUUUCUCAUUUAAACACUAGGUUGUGCUGGUUCUCAGCGCAGGCAUCUGUUAGAUCAGGGUAUCAGAGCUGGGAAUGCAGUGCUUUCCUCUUAAAGCUCUUAAAGCACUGUUCUAACGUUCCUGAGUGAUGCUGCAUUUCAUUGGCUGCACCUGGAAAGAGGCGGAGUCUGAAUUUGCAUGUUCAGGAGGAGGCUAAGGUAACUGAACUUCGGAAUUUAGGAAAAAAUGGGAUGAAAUUAUUAACUUAAUGACGUGAUUAACUGAUUAAGCUGAAAGAUGAUCAGAUAUUUAUAUUGACACCAAAUCACUGAUCGUACCAUCUCUAAUAAUAGUGAUAUUAAUAAUAAUAUAAUGAUUAUUAUAUAAAUAUAUAUUAAUAUUAUAAUUAUUAUUACGAGUUUAGAGAUAUCAGAACAGACUUUGAUUUUGUUCUGAACAGGAACAAAGAGUAUGAAGGAUUUCUCAGAAGACGGAUCAGAUCAAUCUGAUUUUAUUCGUAGUUUCUCAUCGUCACUCCCCUGAUCCAUCCGCCGCUUCAUUCACCCGUUAUAGUUAUAUAUUUCUUUAAAUACGGCGUACUAUUCGCCAUUCUGUCGUCGGAUUUGUAUCGUACGUUCUGCUUCUGUUCCUUAAAAAAGAAAAAGAAAAAGUGUAGAUGAAAUCAUCUCGUAAUUCUGUGAAGCUUUUAUGAAGCUAAAAUUCUGUUUUUUGGAAUAACGUAUAAUAAUAUCUAAUAGCUGUAAUAAAGAGAUAUUUUUGAUAGGCCACUAAUAUUUAACUUAAAUCUAAAAGUAUAGAAGUGUAAAUGUGAGCAGUUUCACUGCAGGGGAGCCGGUUAAUGAACUUCAUUCAGUUCACGAGGCUCAGUUUUAUUUUAAUUUUAAUCGCACUCUUAUUCACUGUGUGUUACUCAUUGUGAAUUCUAUCUAUAAUCUAUAACGCUAAUCGAUAAUAAAAAAACAACAAUGACACAAUUAGCAUACGUUUUGCUUAAUGGAGAUGAUUUGUUGUUGUUUUCACUCGGCUGCAGUGUGUGUGCAGAUUGCUUUAAAAAAACUCAUUAAAACCAGUUUUUUUUAGCUGUGUAAAAUAACACUACAACACAAAAAGCAACCCUAAUGUUUGUAUUAAACACAUUGUACAUGAAUUAUAUAUGAAUAUAUAUUUUCAGUCUGGCUGUUUUCAUAAUGAAUCAAUGAAAAUAUUGCAAUAAAUAUUAAAAAUAUUGAUGAUCAUACGGUUGGUUAGAGCAACAUCAGCCAACCUACAAAUAAUGCAAAUGUAAUGUAGCUUUGAAAAAAUGUGUGUUUCUUUAUUUUCAGGGUUUGAAUGUCUCUUUGUUGUAUUUUUUAACAACCAUGUUAACAUUUUCCCCUGAGUAGAGAAUAUUUAUGCUGAAUUCGGUUAUUAUGCACCGCCAUGCAGGACACUGGUACAGAUUAGUUUCUCAGGGGGUUCUGGGUAAUUUUCUCUUUAAUGGGGGUUUUUAUCCUCUGUGAUUUUAUUCCUGUCCAGAACGAUCAUGUAGGUGUUUUUCUCAGACGUCCUCUGAGAAAAUUACAGGCUGAAUUACCUACUGUUUUUCUCUGAACUCCGUGCUCCUCCGGUAAUUUUAGGCCCGUCCGGACGCACAUCUCUGAGUUUCGUCUCCUCGCCUUUAAUAAAAUAGAUAUUUGUCCACUGCCGCGCACCGUAAUUACACUUUGGGUGCGCCCUGGUUUCCAUGGAGAUCCACGUUAAAAACACAACAGAGAGUGGAAAUGGAGGAGCUACUGAACUCCGUGAUGAUGUCAUGUGACCGAGAAAAACUAAAACCUAAAAACUCACUGGUCCUCCUGUUUUUUCAAUUGCAGUCCGAAUGCUGGAGUUUUAUCACUAAAGAGUAGAAGUGUGAAAUAUAAAUUUUUCGAAGACGCCCCCCUGAGAAACUAAUCCCGAUCAGAUAGAGCUUAAUGCUGCGUUCCAUUUUAACUCCGAUGUCCUCAUUUUAACAGGAACAUUCCCACGAAUCCCACAAAAUUCCUAUUUGUUUAAAUGUUUAAAUUCUGUUUGGAUUAAAAAAAUUAAAUACUGUAUUAAGUGUUUCUAUCAAUGCUAAUCUGGGACAGUACUGACCAUGAUAACCUAGGAUAUAAAAAAGUGGGACACAACUCUUGGGGAGAAAAAAAAAAAAGAGCACUUAAAAAUGAUGAGUUUAUUUGAUUUUACCAAAUUAAAAACCUCUGGAAUAUAAUCAAGAGGAAGAUGGAUGAUCACAAACCAUCAAACCACCAAACUGAACUGCUUGAAUUUGCCGUAAAACUUUGGUCCUAAAUUAAACUGUGGCAUGUUCGACUUCUGAGGUAAAUGGAACGCAGCAUAAACUCUUACACCAGAGUUAUCUUGAAAAAAUGUAGCUGCUAAUAUCAUGGAGAAUGAGUGAUUUUAUAGUAUUUCCCUAAAAGAUCAGAAUUCUCAUUUCAUGUUUAAAGUCUGAGUAGAAGUAAGGCUGCGUUCACACAGCAAGUAAAAGUGUCUCAAAUUCACACUUUAAUCUGUUUAAAGUGAUCUAAAUCCAACAUUAGUCUGAAUUUUGUCAUCAGCUCACACUCCUAAACUAAAGCUCAUGCACUAAAGAGCAGCAGAGCUUCACGUGAAGUUUCGGUUUCAUCUUCUCCAGCGUCACAGGAGCUUUUAAACAGUUUCAGUGUCUGCAGCUGAACUUAAAUCUGAAAAUAUAGAAGAGUAAAUGUGAGCAGUCCCACUGCAGGAGAAGUAUAUACUUCUGUGUGCGCAUAUCAGCGGCUCUGAAUCGCUCUACAGUUUAAACCGUGAAGGCGGGAAUGUGUGGGUGGGAACACAAGGCCUGACGGAUCAAAUUACGAUGCGCAGUUACAUAUUCAGAGAGGUGCACGUCAAGCUACGGCGUGGGGUGCGCAGCAACGCCUAGGCUAUGGCGCAGAUUUAACCCAGUAUAAAUUGGCCUUUAGUUGCAUGGCCAUGAAUCAGAAUCAUGUAUCAGAUUUAAGUGUCACAUAUAAAAACUAUAAAUAUAUCAGAUUUUUCUAUCGAUUUAGAGAUGGAGGACAUGGCAGAAAUAAUCGCUGACUAGUCGACUAAUCGUUUCUGUCUAAAAAUGAUCAUCAGAUUAGUCGACCACCAAAAUAAUCAUUAUUUACAGCCCUAAUUCACACUAAUAACACACCUCACUUUUUAUCUCUCACUUUUACCUGCUGUGUGAACUUCUAGUCUAAAUGAUGUCUGGUUUAAAUGGAUGUUGCUGAUUUGUCCUCUAGGUGGUGCUGUUAAAUGAAGAUUUGGGGGUGAGUGAGGCUGGUCUGUAUGAAGUGCCAUUUUUGUGCUGCUGUCACAUUCUGUGAUUUAUCGUUUGUGACGAUUUAAUGAUUUAUUAAACCAAAAGAAAGAAAGAGAGAGAGAAAGAGAGAGAGAGGGAGGGAUGCCGAUAAGGAGAAAUACGAGUCGUUUGAUUGAUUGGAGGGAAUUUGAUAGAUGCCUAGUAAAUACAGAAGGAAGGAGAGAAAAAGAGAGAAAUGUGUCUUUAAAACCAGCAAAAUGAAGUCGUUAGAUGCCAACCGUUAACCGUGUCUGAAAUUUACGAUAUUAUGCACUUUCACAAUGCGAGUUGUGAUCUGACUGCGAAGUGAUUGUACUUUUCUUAUUUCGUCGUCUCGUUCUGACUGUGCUGACUGGAAUAGUACACUUAUUAAAGUGUGAUUUUAUCUGAAUUAAGUCUGAUAGACCGUGUAUGACUCAUAAUUCUGUAUACUUUUUAAAGUCUGCGUUUCCUUUAUAUUCCUUAUUAUGAUACCAUUUAAAAAAAACUGUCUUCUAUAGUAAAAUAAUUAAACUGUUUUUUUUCCCAUUUGGUUUAUUUAGUUUUUUUCCUCCAUCACGUUUUUUUUUGUUUGUUUCUACAGAUCGGACAGGUUCUGUAACUCUUCACAGUAUACUUUAACUAAUGCAAUGCUGUGUAAAUAUACAGAUUAUUGAUUAUUGAUUGUUUUGGAAGGUCUGAGAUGAAAUGUGAUCAUUUUGUAAACAUCUAUUAAGCUGAAUUUCCGAUUCAAUUUUGGGGGAUUUAAAUUAUUUUUCUCCCCGUCGUUGAUUUGAUUCAUUGAUAAAUCAUCACUAAAAAAAGUAUUUUAUGCUUUACAAAGCUGUUUAACUGUGUCAUUUUGCAUAAUGUAUAUCUAUUUAUUCAUGAAAACCAGCUUUAUUUGGUAAUACUGGUAUCUGGGACCUAAGGAUGUUCUUCAAACAUUCAUUUCUAAUAUGUAUCACAUGUAGAAUAAAAUUUUGAUAUAAAUAUA